AUGCCCCCGCGCCCCGACGGCGGCCUCGGCGCCGCGGCCGCGGGGCCCCGCGCCCCGGGCGCCCCGCCGGCGGCGGUCCGCGGCGCCUCGGCCAGGUCGGGGGCCUCGGAGGUGAACCUCUUCGCGUGGACGCGGGGACAGACCGGCGAUCUUGAGCAGAUGAGCCAGGCCCGGCAGAAGAUCGCGGCGUUCCUUCGCAGCCGGUUGUUCCUCUUCGUCCUGGUCACCGCUGUGUUUGGCAACGUGGCCGUGAUCGUGCUGGACGCGGAUGCCAGCGCCGCCGGCCGCCCUUCGCCGUUCCCCCCGGCUGUGAGCCUGUCGUUCUUGGUGUUCUACACGAUCGAGCUGCUCGCGCGAGUUUACGUGGACCGCGCCCAGUUCCUCUUGAGCUGCUGGAAUAUCCUCGACACGACCAUCGUGAUCACAGGAAUGCUCGAGGUGUUGGCCAUCUACGGCGUAUCAAAUAUGCGGGCGUUGCAAAUGCUCGCGUUUCUGAGGAUUGCGCGCACAGCGCGCGUGCUAGCGUUACUGCCCACCCGUUUGGUGAUUGUGCGGGGCCUUAGGGGCUGCAUUGUUGCCACCGUUUGGGGCGUCGUUUUGAUUACCAUAGUAUUGCUCAUAUUUGCAGUCUUGUCGAUACAGUUUGCUGGCUCAGUCAAUCCAGCCGAGGACGGAUACUGCAGCCAGAUUUUUGAGUCUGUAUUUGAUGCCAUGGUAUUCUUUUUCAGGGUGUCUGUCCUCGGAGACGGCUGGGAAUGCGUCGUGCCUUUCAUCGACCAAGGUUGGGCAUGGCAGUUAUUUUAAUGGCCUCUGGCCAGUGCCGCCGAUCCGGGGGCUCCGGAUUCGGUGAUCUUGGAGUCGUCGGGGACGCUUCUUGGAGCUGACGUGCCCUCUGGGGGGGGGGCCUGAAGCGGUCCCGGGGGGGGUCCGGGGAGG